GGCGCAUGCGCGGAGAGGGCGCGCGCCGCUUCCGCCGGGCCCCGGGUGCGCCGGGCUGUGGUUGCCCAGGGCUGGAGCGCGGCUCGCAAGCGUCCCUGGUUCUUCGGCACGUGCCCUUGGACUGUAUGUCGAAGCUGGAGUCCUUCCCGGUUACGUGGUACUUCUGUAAUGGUUAGGUUUGUGACCAAUACAACCAAAGAGAGCAAGAGAGACUUACUGGAAAGAUUGAAAAAGUUGGAGUUUGAUAUCUCUGAAGAUGAGAUAUUUACUUCUCUGACUGCAGCCAGAAAUUUAGUAGAGCAGAAACAAGUCCGGCCCAUGCUGCUAGUUGACGAUCGGGCACUACCUGAUUUCAAAGGAAUACAAACAAGUGAUCCUAAUGCUGUGGUCAUAGGAUUGGCACCAGAACAUUUUCAUUAUCAAACUCUGAAUCAAGCAUUCCGGUUACUCCUGGAUGGGGCACCUCUGAUAGCAAUCCACAAAGCCAGGUAUUACAAGAGGAAAGAUGGCUUAGCCCUGGGGCCCGGACCAUUUGUGACUGCUCUGGAGUAUGCCACAGAUACCAAAGCCACAGUAGUAGGAAAACCAGAGAAAACAUUCUUUUUGGAAGCACUGCGGGGCACUGGCUGUGCACCUGAGGAGGCCGUCAUGAUAGGAGACGAUUGCAGGGAUGAUGUUGGUGGGGCUCAGGAUGUUGGCAUGCUGGGCAUCUUAGUAAAAACUGGAAAAUACCGAGCAGCAGAUGAAGAAAAAAUUAGUCCACCUCCUUACUUAACGUGUGAGAGUUUCCCUCAUGCUGUGGACCACAUUCUGCAGCAUCUACUGUGAACCAUUGUGUGAAUCAGAAGCAACUUGAAAUGCAGCUUUUCAUCGUCUGGAAUGAAUUCCUUACCAACUCAGCACCAGCACAGGCAGACACAGCCCCCAGCGCUGAGAUGUGUAACCCUCUUGUAUUGUGCACUAAUUAGAAAGAAAGGUAUUGAAUUACAGCUAGCCACUAAGCCUUGCUUAUCUCUUUUGUUGUAUUUUGUAAAAGAAGAUGAGACCUGAAGAAAAGGAAAGCUGAGAUUUUAUGCCCUGCCUUUUAAAAUAUUCAUCAGAUUAGGCAGGGCUGGGAGGGAGAAGCUACUGCAGGGAGUCGAGUUCUCUGCUGUCUCCACACUGCUAAAUUGGGAGGGUGGGUUCAGAUUGUGAAUGAAGUUGAAAGAUGCAUUAUGCUAUAGUUUUAAUAUUCAGUUCAGCUGUGAAACCCAUCAAAAGUGCCAAGUGGAGUACAAGUCAGAAGAAGCAAAAUAAAUUGUCCUUUAGCCCAAGUGAUUGAAUGAAUUUGCUUUAACGGAUGUUGAAAACUAGAUUAUCUGGAGUAUUAUUCCCAGCACGGAUGACUUCUUUUUCUCUUCAUUAGCCAGAGAUGACUAAUUUAAAUUUAGAACCUGAUUUUAAUUUAAAAUAAUAUUUCCAUUAAUAACCUAUUCAUUGCAGAUACCUAUUAUAGUGUGUAACAGUUGUUUUGGAAAUUUUAUGUAAAAUUAAAACUAUCAGUAUUUUACAGAUGUUUUAAUUAGACAUUGUUAUUAACAGGAACAGUGCAGAAACUAAAAUCAAGCCUUUAAUGUCUUAUAGACCAUGCAUUUUUGAAGUUAGUGUCCACGAGGGUCCUAUUUACUGUACAUUUGCAAGAUUUCAUUAUUUUUGCCUCUGACACUAUGGGAAAAAUCUUUUAGAAGCUAUUGGGACAGAUUCAGGCUUUUAUGUACUUGGUUACUACAGCUGUAAAAUGAAAUCUCGUCUGGUAGCAUGGAUUAUUCUUCUCAUGUUAAACCCACCAAAAUGAAGGGGACUAAGUAGGUAAUGAUUUUCCUAAUGCAUUUGCAUACUGUGAUAAUCCUGGGCCUUUGCAAUUGUGUUACAGGACUCUUGGGCAUUGAAUUAUUAGCAUGUAAUUGUACAUCAUUGUAGUGUUCACCUUAUUGAAGCACACACUGAUGUUAAUGAGCUUUGGGUUUUGAUUCUUGUUUAGAUAUCAGCUUGGUCUUAGAUGGGAGGGAGCAAAGCUCAAUAAAUGGGAGCUCCUCUCCUUGUCUCCUUUUGUAGUUUGGUGAUCACUCUUCUUGUUUUUGCAGAUGCCCCAACUUGGUACCUAAACAUCCUAGAGAUAGAUGUGACAGGACCACAACCCUAGAUUGAAAGAUGAGUGAGUGGCAGAGAGCAUAGAUUUGGGAGCCAUCCAGCACCUAACUAGUUCUGUAAUCCUGGGCAAGUGAUCUAGCCUGGCAUGCCUCCUUUCCCUUAUCUGUAAAAGUGGAGAUAACGAUCAUGCCCACCACAUAGGCUUGUUGUGAGGGUUAAAUUCAUGUUCAUACAUUAAGUACUUAGAACAGAAUCAAGCAAAUGCUAGAUAUUGGUGGUGGUGGUGGUGGUGGUGGUGAUGUAGCAGUAUCCACAAUGUUUAACAAUGUGGAAAGGGUUGGUGGAAUUCCUCUCUAUAGUUCCUACAAUGGGGAAAGUCUUCCUGCGAGUUUUAAAAAAAAAGAAA